ACAGUUGAAGCAUCAACUCCUAUCAAGCAAGGAACUAAAUUAGUUCAUUUUCAUCUAACAUUAUUUUGAACUGUCCAUUCCCAACGAUAAUACGGAUUUACGGUAGUACAUCUUUCGAUGGUCAUAACAAAGUGAACGCAUUUUUGUUUUUGUUAUUGCGUAGAUCGGGGGACGAGCUCGUGGUCCACCUGGGGUUAUGAUGAUACCGGAGCCCAUAGACAUCAAUAACGUAAAUCGUAAAUAGCGCCACCCACCUUGAAGCAUGAAUUCUGAAUCUCUUUUACAGUAUAACAACUACUCAACCCUUCAAACUGAAACACAUUACUGUUUCAAGGCAUAUAUAGGCAGAGUGGUAGUAACUAUCCGUGUGGACUCACCUCCUACCACCACUAAUUACGCAAAUUGAAGUGUUUGCGGGCUUGAGUUUUACUACAUUGUGUUAUUUCUUCACAGUGGAAGUCAUUCGUGAAGCUAUUAUAAGUAUGUAUGUAAUGUAAGGUAUCUAUCUGUCUGCGAGAUUCGAACACUGGCACAUUCGCGUGACUGGAUAAGAAAAUAAUAGUUUAGGAACCCUGUAUCUCUCAGGACCUAUGUCCUAUAUAAUUGUAAAAAAAACGCACUCGGAAGAAAUCGAUUGCAUUUGCCAUAGACAAUUUUCAUCUCAAGUAAACGUUUUCGUUGUUUCGAUUCGUUCAUCGAAAUGUCUGUUUGUAGUGUUGUACGAGCUACCUUCAUUUGGAUAAUGAUUAUUUACCUUAUUGACUGAUUUUCUGAGAUUUUAUUUAGUUUCAAUGGUUAAUCACAAUUCUGUGUCAAAUGUGUUAAUUUUACGUGUUUGUGACUUUUAAAAAUGUAUUGAAGCUCGAAGCUUGUUUAGUUUUUAGAGGAAGUUAUAGUUGUCGCACAUCUUGUGUAAAAUAUUAGCGCGUCAGUGAUCCAGUGUAGAUGAUGUCUUGUUGUUCUACGGCGUCGUAAGUGUUAUUUCACGUUUAGCCGUGUGGUUAUGCCCAGACCAUGCCGUCGACGUCGCGAACGAGGGGCUCCGGCCGUGGGUCUGACGGCUCGCUUCGGACUCAAGUCAUAGCUCCCAUGUCGGAGCGGCAGCAGCUGGCUUUGGUGAUGCAAAUAUCAUCACAAGAUGCUCCUCCAGCCGCUCCGACUCCAGCAGAAGAAAGAAAGCGUACAAGACAACAACGCAACGAGCGUGGCGAAACACCUCUUCAUGUCGCAUCUAUUAGAGGAGACCAUGAUCAAGUGAAAAAGCUUAUUGAUCAGGGUCAAGAUCCGGAUGUUCCUGAUUUUGCUGGAUGGACUCCUCUUCAUGAAGCAUGCAGCUAUGGAUGGUAUCAGGUUGUAGUGGUGCUCGUAAAUGGUGGUGCUAAUGUCAAUGCAAAAGGGUUGGACGAUGACACUCCUCUGCAUGAUGCCACUACGUCUGGCAACUUAAAGAUGGUAAAAUUUCUUAUUGAGCAUGGAGCCGACCCAUUUGUGAAGAACAGCAAGGGAAAAAUGCCAUCAGAUUACGCAGCACCACACAUCUAUGAAUAUCUACAGUCUUUAAAGGAUAGUAACGCGAGAGCAACACACCUCAGUCGCGCAAGGGAUGAUAACGUCAAGAAAGGCAAUGCAAGUGGUAACAGUGAAUGCAGUAAGCGGAACAACAUGGAAACCCUAGCGCAGGGCGAAAAUUUCGAAGGCAAAGAUGCUACCUCGCAAGAAAAAGGAUCGACGGAAAACAGAGAUGAAAGUUCGCAGCUAAGUAGUGGCGUGGUGUCGUCCAGUCAAGACGACAUCACGAGUAAUAAGCGACAGCAUGCAGAAGAUAACCAAGAAACUGACGGAGCUGAUGAUGAAGUGUCAAAACGAAAGAAGAGGAAAGAUGAAGAAAAAGAACCGAUGGGUAAACCAGCCCCUGUUGCUAGGGGAGGACCCGGACGUAAACCUCCUGGUCCUGCAAGCAAGACAGGCGUGGCCCCACUCGGCAAAAGUGGAGGGGCACAGGGCUCUGGCAAGGGUGGAUCGGGUGGCGGCUCUUCAGGAAAAAGCGGAAUGCAGUCUCAAGGAAAAGGUGCCGGUGGAAAGAAUAAGUCCUCAAGCUCCAAAGGUGGAUCGGGAUCGCAAAACAAGCAAGAUAGAAAAAGUCCAGUGGCAAGUCCAAAGCCACAUAGUAGUAAAGAUAAUAGUGAAGACACGGACGAUCAGAAAACGCAAGAAUCAUCAGGGCCUAAAGUUCCUCCACUCAAGAUCGUGAUACCGGGUGGCGCCGGGGGCUCUGGCGGUAGAAACGAACAAGAAGGCGAAGGUCAAAGGGGAAGCGGGAAAGGUCGGGGUAGUGUGUCAACCCUGCCAUACGUAAUCCCGUGCACAAGCACCGACACGGGACAGACAUCGGACAGCUCGGACGGAAAUUCGGACGACAAAAGAACAAUAGAAGGCGGGAAGGCCGGGCAGAGAGUGCUGCGUUCGCAUAGAACCAAUGACGACAAAGACAAAGAGAGGACGUCACCGCACGUUGGCGCUGGACAAAACCAAUUAAACACGAACAAAAGUCCACCGCCUUCUAGUCACGAUGAUCACACUGUUUCUACAUCGAGUGGCUCCAGUAGAUCGGAACAAGGCAAAACCAAAUUGGAGUUGCAUCCAAGAAAAAGAAAACUAAAAUCCUCCAAGGAUCAUUCGCGAGAAUCGAAAAGCGAUUCCACACAAGAAGCCAGCUCCCUCAGUCAUAAUAUCACACACAGCAACCCGUAUCAGAUGUACAUACAUAUACGGAAACAGAUUCAUCACCGUCAACGUGGUUUGUUUCCAGUCAAACCAAAACCUCCAAAAGAUUUCAAUAAAUAUCUGAUGAAUCGUUGUACAUACACCCUACAAAGGAAUGUCAAUCCUGAGCCACAAAUCGAGAUACCACACAAUUUGCCACCUCAAAUGAUAAAUGAAUUUAUGACUCAGGAGAAAGAAAGGCAUCGUUUACGGAUACAACAUCUGGUUGAAAAAGAAAAGCUUGUGCUGGCAGUUGAACAAGAAAUACUUCGAGUGCACGGGCGCGCUGAACGCGCCGUAGCUAAUCAGUCCCUGCCCUUCUCUGUUUGUACGAUUCUUCGUGACAGAGAAGUUUACAACGUGCUAGCUCCAGAGCAGGAAGAGAAACGAAAUGCGCAGCGCUCACGUUGCAACGGAAGGCAGAUUAACUCUUGGCUUCAAGAGGUGGAUGACAAAUGGGAAAAAAUUAAAGAGGGAAUGCUUCGACGUCAGCACACCGAGGCUCAAACACUACAUGCAGUACAAACCAUGGGUUGGGAGUGGAAAUUGAAGGAGCUGGGCCUCUGCGAUUUUAAGACUAUACCCAAAAUUGAUACUACCCAUGUACCACAAAUACAUGUAUCAAAUUUUGACUUGCCCGCUUGAAUUUUGAGUUAGAUUGCCUGUGUUUAUAUAAAGUUAGCAUAAAUCUUCUCAUUAAAUGCUAACAUUUUCAUUCUGAUUUAAUCUAUCAAGUUAAGCACCAAUUGGUAAUGACAAUCAAGCGGAACUACAAAAUUGGAUUAUUAAGACUAAUAACUAAAUUUUUCUUGCGUCCUUACUUCACGAUGUCUGAAAAUGUUUCUAUUAUAUCAUGUAUGAUUUUUAUUCUUAAGUUUAAAAAGUGACUACUUGUAAUAAGGAGAAACAAUAAUUCGUUUGUUAUUUGGAUAAUUUCGUUACUUGACAUUUAUUCCUUGACAAUUUUAUAUGAUUUAAAAAAGUCGCAACUUGAAAAGGGCUUAUUAUCUACAUUAGAAGAAGCGUAUAUAUAUUUAAAAAAAAAAAGAUUUUAUAAAGUAAAAUACUUCUGUUUAAAACGGAAAUUUUCAAGUAAUACGUUAACAGGUCAAGAAAUUUUAUUAUUUAUUCAUUUUAGACAUGCUCUCUAAUCCUAUAAAUUUAUACAUAACAAUUCUUGUUUUACAUUUGUUUUUGUAAUUACGUUAUGUUUUGAUUAUCCUUCUGUAUUAAUAUUAGAAAUGUAUAUUUUACACGUAAUUAUAUUUCUAAUUAACGUAAUUUAAUAUUUUACUUAGUCAAUUUACAUAAUUAUUUUAUAUGACGUAUCUAUAUAUUAAAAAAAAUAUCAAAUAUUUUAUACUACAUUUUCAACAAUGAUUUAUUUAACGCCUCUUUUUAUCAAACUCCAUACUAUAAUUUAGACUAAUAGGUUUUUACAGCAUCAUUGUUUUUUUUUUUUUUUAAGGGAUUACUGGUUGCUCAGAGGCCUCUCCCGUUUCACCAGGACAGGUGGGCAAGCAAAGGCCCAGCCAAGAGCAUCUUUGUCUAAAGAUAGGCUAGUAGUGUAUAGGCAUUUAGUUGUUGUAAAUUAGUAUCGUAGUCACACCACAUGUGAGGAUUCGCACGAGUCGAUCUAAAAAGAUUGAAUAACUUGCGUGUUAAAGUCGUAUUUCUACUUGAAUUAACGAAAGCGUCUUCUUCUGAAAAUACUACUAAAAUGUACUCUGAAAACAAUUAUCAGAUUUUAUUAGUGUCUCCAAGAUACAACCGUGCUUUCAUAAUAAUUUGUCAUGAUUUGUUUUCUUGAGUAGUUACUCAUUAAUGUCAACUGAAAACUACCUCUUGUAAACCCAUAAUCAUUAUGAAUGUCGAAUUGUAAAGGCAUGCUAAGUCUUAAGUCCCAAAUUUUAACUUUUUAAAUUACUUGAAAAUUUUAUAAUUCAGUAUAACAACGAUACAUACGUUAAAGUAUUUUAAAUGUAAUUGUUAGCCAUUUAUUGACUAGAAGUGUAACCCAUUCUUUAGUGUAUUUAAAAUAUAUAUUCUAAUAUAGUCUGUUUUUGUUAUAAAAACAUAUGUUUGUGACAUUCUUUUGUAAAUUAUUUAAUAUUAUUUCAUUUAUUUUAAAUUGAAAUAAAAGAUCUCAAAUCAA